GGGCCUACAGGGCGGGUGCGGAAGCGGCAGGCAGAACUCGGCCCAGUAUGGGGUCGAGGGUCAUCGGACCUGCAUGGCGGCGGCGCGGAGGCACGUGUUUGUUGAAAAAGUGCUGAAGAGACUUUUCCCCCGUGAGGCAAGUGACCAGGAGAAGCAAGUGCUGCCGCCUGCUGCCCCCGAAGCCCCUCCUGAGAAAGCGAGGUGCAGGCGCGUCCCCCCAGUGGCAGGUGGCGGCACCGAGGCCCCGCCCGGUCGGCGACUCUACACCGCCGCUCUGCCUCCCGAGGGCUAUGUCCCCGCCCCCACGCCGACGGAGCCCUCGGGCAGCUCAGGUUCUGAGAGCACCUGCGAGAGCACCUGCGGCAGCGAGGAGGACGCCGGAGGUCAGGAGCCUCAUGAUCAACCAAAGAGAAGAAGAAGAAGAAAGCAUAAAACAAAGAAAGCAUUAAAAAAGCCCGUCAACGUUCAUGGGGAACAGGCAGAGUUGGAGAAACAGACUUUCCCACAGGAAACAGUGCAGCCACGGCACACAGGUGGCCCCACGAUCAGCAAAAACAAGAAAAGGAAACUGAAAAAGAAACAGCAAAUGAAAAGGAAGAAAGCAGCCGGCUUGCUCACGAAAGCCUCCGGCAUCAGCUUCCUGUACGAGCCCAGGGAGGACAGCUGCGAGCUGAGCGACUCGGGCGAGGUUGACGCAGGGGACCCGGAGGACACAGGGGACGCAGAGGCCGAGGGGGCUGACCCGGGCGUCCAGGGGAAGGCAGACGGCAUCCUCCAUUUUUUGAAGUCCACACAAGAAAUGUAUCUUUACGAUGGUGUCUCCCAGGACCCGGACCCGGCCUUCCUGGGGGCUGCCGGGGAGCUGUUUAUGGGCCUGGAGGCUCGCAGCGUGUCUGCCGCUGACCUGCUGGGCCUGGAGCAGCUGAAGGCGCUGCUGCUCCUGCAGGAUCCGGAGAGGCUGCAGCGCGCCCUGCAGGUGUUCACAGAGCACUGCGCCAUGCCGCCAGACCAGGCCGGCGUAGUCUCCGCUCUCUUUAAUUACUGGGCCACACACAUGCUCCCUGGGCGCAGCCAAGAGGGGAGCCAAGGCCCCUGGUUCCCGGGAGCCGGAGCCCAGCAGGGAGCCACAGGCAGCCCUGGGGGCCCAGCUGGGCACAGAGAGGAUGGCACCCCCUGAACUGUCCUCGUGCCCCACAUGGCCCGCACACCUGCUGUGUCACUUAGCCUGCACGUGGGGACCAGGUUGUCCCAGACUUCACGGGACAAGUGCGGAUGAAAUGGAAUUUGCACUUUUUAAAAACUGCCGUUGUCUGCAAUGACUAGUCAGUGGUUCUGUUUUUCUAAUUCCUGUAAAAAUCGAAAAUCUACAUUCUGUUACGCUGAAUAAACUGUAUAGUUUGAAGCUGUUA